GAGCCCCAGGGUGGGCCUGGAACCUGCAGACGGCAGUGCCCAGCCGGCAGAACCCAGCAUCCCUGCUCUGGCCUCCCAGGGCCCGGGCAGCAGAGCAGCCGCCAUGCACAUCCCGGAGAGCCUCCAGGACCUGGCCGACAGUGAAGCUGUGCAGUUUCUCAAGAGGCCAAAGACGAUCACACGGAUCUUUGCAGGGGUCUUCUCCCUGAUCGUGUUCUCCUCCCUGCUGACUGACGGCUAUCAGAACAAGACCGACAACUCACAGCUGCACUGCGUCCUCAACAGCAACAGCGCGGCCUGCAGCUUCGCUGUGGGGGCUGGCCUGCUGUCCUUCCUCAGCUCGCUGGCCUUCCUGGCCCUGGACGCCCACGAGGUCCGCCUCUCCAGCACCCGCUUCAAGACAGCCUUCCAGCUCCUGGACCUCAUCCUGGCCGUCAUCUGGGCAGGCAUCUGGGCUGUGGGAUUCUGCUUCCUGGCCAACCAGUGGCACCGUUCGCCACCCAGAUACUUCCUCCUGGGGAGCAACAGCGCCAAGGCCGCCAUCACCUUCUCUUUCUUCUCCAUCCUCAUCUGGAUAUUCCAGGCCUACCUGGCCUUCCAGGAGCUCCGAAACGAUGCCCCGGUCCCCUACAAGCGCUCCCUGGACGAGGGUGGUGUGGUCCUGACCUCCCUCUCCCCGCCGUCUGCCGCCAGCCCGGUCAACAUGCCCACCACUGGCCCCCACGGCCCGAGCUAUGCCAGCUCCUCCUUGUCCCCCUAUCUGAGCACCCCGAUGGCCCCCCGCCUCGCCAUGAUGCCCGACAACUAGAGAGCCUUGUUUACACCAAUAAAGAUAGAAUCCUCCCUCCAGAAGGGUUUCGGAAA